CCUGGGCAGUGGAGAAGAUGUCCUGGCGUCCACAAUACCGCAGCUCCAAGUUCCGGAACGUCUACGGGAAGGUGGCCAAUCGGGAGCACUGCUUCGACGGAAUCCCUAUCACCAAGAAUGUGCAUGAUAACCACUUCUGUGCUGUCAACGCCCGCUUCCUGGCCAUCGUCACCGAGAGCGCGGGAGGUGGCUCCUUCCUGGUCAUCCCCCUGGAGCAGACGGGCAGGAUUGAACCCAACUACCCCAAGGUCUGUGGUCACCAAGGCAACGUGCUGGACAUCAAGUGGAACCCAUUCAUCGACAACAUCAUUGCCUCGUGCUCGGAGGACACAUCGGUGCGGAUCUGGGAGAUCCCCGAGGGCGGGUUGAAGCGGAACAUGACAGAGGCUCUCCUGGAACUGCACGGGCACAGCCGACGCGUGGGGCUGGUCGAGUGGCACCCCACGACCAACAACAUCCUCUUCAGCGCCGGCUAUGACUACAAGGAGGCAAACUGCAAAAACCACAGAGUAAACCGAGUGGUGUUCCUGGGGAACAUGAAGCGGCUGCUCACGACGGGGGUUUCCAGGUGGAACACGAGACAGAUCGCCCUCUGGGACCAGGAGGACCUCUCCAUGCCCUUGAUCGAGGAAGAAAUUGAUGGGCUGUCAGGCCUCCUGUUCCCCUUCUAUGAUGCUGACACCCACAUGCUCUACCUGGCUGGAAAGGGAGAUGGGAACAUCCGGUACUACGAGGUCAGCACUGAGAAGCCCUUCUUGAGUUACCUCAUGGAGUUCCGCUCCCCAGCCCCACAGAAAGGCCUUGGGGUCAUGCCCAAGCACGGGCUCGAUGUGUCGGCUUGCGAGGUGUUCCGCUUCUACAAGCUGGUGACUCUCAAGGGCCUGAUUGAGCCCAUCUCCAUGAUCGUGCCCCGGAGGUCGGAUUCCUACCAGGAAGACAUUUACCCCAUGACGCCAGGCACGGAGCCAGCUCUGACCCCCGAUGAAUGGCUGGGGGGCAUCAACCGAGAUCCCGUGCUGAUGUCUUUGAAGGAAGGCUAUAAGAAGUCCUCAAAAAUGGUAUUUAAGGCUCCCAUCAAAGAAAAGAAGAGCGUUGUGGUCAAUGGAAUAGAUUUAUUAGAGAAUGUCCCACCCAGGACGGAGAACGAGCUCCUCCGAAUGUUCUUCCGGCAGCAGGACGAGAUCAGGCGGUUGAAAGAAGAGCUGGCCCAGAAGGACAUCCGCAUUCGGCAGCUGCAGCUGGAACUGAAAAACUUGCGCAACAGCCCCAAGAACUGUUAGCUCCCAGCGGGGGCUGCCUUCUAAGCUGACCUCCGAUCUCUCCGAUCUCUCCGUGGUUUCCACUCGUCCCCUAACUCCCCCUUCUCCAGUGACCCCAGAGACAGAGCCGGGACUGGAGCUGGGGACUGCCUGAGGACCCCACCCACCGCCUCAAGGACUGGAAGCUGACCUUUGAUCUCUUGACCUCACGCUCAUAGAGUCCCCAGCACUGCUGGAGACCCACACUUCUGUGGCCACCCCAGGAGCCAGCUUCUCCUCUGCGGGGCGAAGAGCAAGGGCUCCCUGAGGGGAGUCUUCAAUGGACCAGGGAGCAGAGGGGGAGGCCAGGACCCCAGCAGAUACUGAACUUGAACUUUUGCUGCCAGGACAUCUUGGCACUCCCCGCCGGGGCUCCCAGCAUCCGUGCUGGACCGCACAGGAAGGGUAUCAGUUCAGCCUCCCCUCCCCGCACCUCCCUCUCUUCCCCUGCAGCCAGCCCCGCAAGCCUGACUCACCUGACAAGGGUUGCAAGCAGCCCGGCUCCCUUUUGUCUCUCGCCCCCUCUCUCUUGUCUUCAGGGAAUUAAGAGGCUUGCUCGCCAAGGCCAUAAUGACCCCUUGCCUUCCCAUGACUCUCUUCAAAGCUCUUGGAACACCCUUUUCCCAUUUGACUUGGGAGGUAGGCAGGGUAGGGAAUAGCGUCCCCAUUUCACCAAGGACAGUGGAGGGUUACAAUGGGGAAGUGACUUGCUAAGUCACCCGGAAUGUCAACAGUUGACCCAGGACCAGGAUCCAGUGUAUCCAGACUCCGGGCCAUGGCCCUUCCCACUGCAUCAAGAUGGUGGCCCCACAAGGGCUUUGCUGGUGCCCACGUCUCUAUGGAGAAUGAGGACCGGAAGCCACUGCUACCAUCUGCCCAACACCAGUAGUGCCAAUGUGUCACACUGCCUAGUUGAGGCCCUCCACACUUAGUGCCCCUCUACCCUCCUGGCUCCCCCUGCCCUCACUCCCCAGGGGACUCCCUCAGAUGAGGCCUCUUCCUCCUGGAGGUUGAGGCUGAGAAGGGUGGAGCUUGGCCUGGGGAAGGCAGGGCAGGGGUCUGACCACUUGAGGGGUGCGCCACGGGUGCCCCUCACCGCUUGUGUCUCCGCCACUUUCAGCCUUACACUUGUAGAACGACCACAGCCCCUCGAGUCCGUAUAGCACUUUAAAGUUUACGCGGUUCUCUGACACGUAGGGUCUCAUUUGAGCCUCGCAUCUGCUCUAAGAAGUAGGGAGCAUCUUCUCUCCAUUUUGCAGAUGAGGAAACAGAAGUGGCCCAAGGUCAUGUGACUCUUUGAGACGCCAUAUUUCCUUUGGUCUUCUACACAUUUUCUGUUUUGUUUCCUUAUUUUCGCCUUCCAUUGCCCACUACCCACAGAGUCUAUAAACACUGCUCGCAGAAAAGCCACAGCCUGGGGGUGAGAUGUGGCCUGGGGGUCAAGAAACGGGUGUCUGCUCCUCAUUAGCAUUAUGCCGCACACCUGCUUUUCCCAUGGCUCUUCUGCAACACAUCCAUCCACAGAGGCCGGGGGUCCCUAGGUACCCCUCCAGGUAACCUGGGUGGGGAAAGCUCCCGUCCCUUGGGCUUUUCCUCCAAGACCCCUCCACCCUCUCAGCCAGCUAAAGCAGGGUCUCCUCGCCCUCCACCCCCUGCAGCCAGACAGUGUCCGCUCUCAUCUCCUCACACUUUCUUGAUCAAUUUUUUCUUCCCCAUGGACCUUUGGGGUCUUCUGUGAUUAUUUAUGCUGCCUCCCAAGGAUAGAAUUGAAAUAAAAUGUUUUCAACUUCUCAAA